AUGCAGCCGCUGUUGAUGAUAGCCACCGUAUCACUGCUAUCAGCUGUCCUAGUGCCAUCAUCGCUGAUUCAAGCCGCCAGCAGUAUCCAAGAUGAGCUGACCGAUAUCCAGGAGGCGCUUCCCAUGGACCAGCUGGAACAGCUGAUGGCCGAGUAUCUGGUACGGGACAAUCAAUUCCGCCGAACCGUGCGAUACAUGCGGGGUUCCGAGUUCGCCGAUCUGUGGGAACAGUUCGAGGAAGUGGCGAAAGUGAAGAAGAUGAAGGACUUCAUGACAUCGGCCGGAUUUCCGGUAUCCGAUGUUUUGGAAACGGUCAAAGAUAUACUCGUCGGAAAGAAGCAACCAAAAAUUCCUAAAAGAAAAAUUAACAAACCUCAAAACGGAGGGCUCACUGCAUUCGCCGAAGAAGCACUAAACAUAAUAUCGUCCAGUGAGGCAGUUGAUUUGCAUAAGGAAAAGGUUCGAUCGAAUCCGGACUACAAAAGCAUGACAAAGAAACUUCAAUCUGAUGAGUUCCAAACUAUACUUCAAGAUGCCUUUAAUGAUUCAAAGGUGAAAAGUUUGAGGAAGAAAAUCCUCAAUCAUGGCAUCGAUAUCAACCUACUUUCCAAUAUGAUUAAGUCGUAUAUCGACUGGAACGAUUAG